AAUGACGAGUCAUGUGACAGUGAAAUACUAGAAGCUGUUGUCCGCUCCUCUGUUCUUACUCAGCUCUCAUUCUUCACACUGGAGUCGCUCUCCGAGGAGGUUACUCAGAAUGCUGCCUUUGAUCAUAAUCACAUGCCUACUGGCUUCUGCCUCAUGUAAUACUGAAGAAUCCAACAAUGAGUUGUACCUGACACUCAAUAAGAAUCUACUCCGCUCUCUGGAGACACAGGAAGGACUCCCCAACCCCAGUGUCCAUUUGGCAUUACGGCUUUCUAAUUACCACAACCUCGCCAAAGAGAGCGAACACCUGAAUAAACUGAAAAAUGAUUUGCACAAUGAUAUUCAGAGCUCUCUCUCUAACAGCCGGGCUGUGGUCGGCACCUUGGCGCUGUACACUCUGGCUCUGAAGUCCUCCUGCUACGACAUCCACACAGUCACCUUCACCGUCAGUGAGAGGAGUGAGUCGCUGCUGACACACCUGAAGAAGCAGUUGGAAGACGAGAAAGAUCAUAUUGCCUCCAGCCACCGCCCUUUGACCAACUAUUACCAGUACUCUCUGGGUGUGCUCGCUCUUUGCGCCAGCGGCGUCAGGGUCAACCACCAUGUCAGCAACAAGCUCGUCAAGGCAGUACAACAUGAACACUUCACACAUGGAGACUCUGAUACCUAUGCCAUGGCUGGAAUGGCACUCCAGUGUGUGAAGGAUGCCGGUUGUAAUGCGCUGAUCACUGCUCAGGUCAACACAGCCCUCAGCACGGUCAAGCAGAAGCUCUUGGCCUCUCGUAGGACCGAUGGUCAUCUUGGCAAUGAGUUCAGCACAGGCCUCGCAGUUCAAGCCUUAUUGGCAAUGGGCAGCCAAGCUGCAGAGUAUGCUUCCUCAAUAGAGGCCAUGAGGACAGGCGCCAGAAGCAACACAUACCAUAACCCCAUGGCCAUAUCUCAGAUCCUGCCAGCUCUCCAGCAGAAAUCCUACAUGUCGGUUAAAAGCAAGCAGUGCGACAAUGAGGAUGACACGCUGGUGCUGGAGCCCAUAGAUCCUGUGGUAGUUUUACCAAGCAAGACCAAAGUGGCUGUGAUGGUGGAAGUGGUGACGUCCAGCGGGGCGGCUGCUCUUUACUCUGUGGAUGUGCCAAAGAGAAGCUCUCUGUUGGAGGCUCUUGAACUUCUCAAGGGGAAAAAUGUUGGCUUCACGUUUGAGAAGGAGUCCAGCCUGUGGGGACCGUUCUUAAGUGCGGUGAACGGCGAGCAGGCCAGACAGAGCGACCGCAGAUACUGGCAUCUCUCCUCUGAUGGCACUGCACUCAGUCAGGGUGUCAAUGAUUUCAAGAUUGAGGCAGCUCAAAAUAUCAGCAUCAAAAACACAAGCUACUGAGUCAGUCACUGCUGAUAACAGUGAUUAAUGAGGAUCAAAAGCAGUGCAAUCUUGAGUCUUUUUUCUAUCCUUUGUUGUUUUAACCAGUGAUUAAACUUAAAUUGUCUGAUGACAUAAUCUGUGAAUAAAUGGUCGAACUGGUUUCACAUAAUUUUUGCAUUUCAAGGUUUGAAGCUUGAAUAAAAGUGUAAUUUAGAACUAAUUGAACAGACAUAGCUGUGAAUAUUCCAACUUUAGUAUGUGAAUUGUAUUUUUUUUUAUAAUGGAUUGUUAAAUGAGUGUGAAAUGUUCAUUCAAAUGUAUUGCAAAGCGUGAUUGCACUUUUUUAAACAAAUAAAAAAAAGUUGGAAUGGCUUUUUAAAUGAUG